UCUCUUAGCAAGUGGGCAGCCCUUUGUGUAGCUUGUGAAAUUAAGAAAAGGAAGUACACUUUGUGCAAAACUAGCCGAGGAAAUCGCAUAAUCUGGUGAUCUUGGAAUGUCUGGUGGUCCAUCCAUAACGCUGAAGAGCCAACCCAUCGAUGGUAACAAUACGGGGAACGCUGCGGCGCAGCAGCAGCAGCAAAGUGCGAAUGGCGCAGCAUCUUCGGGUGCAUCUGGAUCCGCUGGCUCCACGGUGCAGGCCCAAAAUCCAGGAAACGGCGGAGCAGUAGGCGGCGGAAAUGCUCCUGUUGAGGGAACCAGGCAGAAUAGCCUGCAGAGGAUCCAGCAGCGAAAGCAGAAGGUCUUCAACCUCCCCGCCCCCCAGAAACUGGCCAAACUCUCGAUGUACUCCGCCUGCCAGUCGGAUGGAUGCCGCUGCACGGGAUGGAAAACUCCGCAGGAGAACCGCCAUCGAGAUGUGGAGUCCUCCUAUUGCCCGGAGUUUAACGAGGAAUGUCGAAAUGCCAACUGUAGGCACUCAUUGCGUCAGCACAUCGCCCAUCUGGACAAUAUUUCUAGCUCCAGCAUGGACGAGCUGUUGGGCGCCAUCAUAGACAUGGAGAACCUGUUCAUGUCCAUGCAGCGCGUCGAAGACGAGGACACCAAGAAGGUAUACCUGUAUCUCUUCCGUUUGCUUCGCCAGUGUGUACUCACGCGCCAGCAGGCAGUGAUCCGUGGUCCCCUGGGAGAUCCUCCAUUUGAGUCACCGUGCAUCACCAAGGCGGUGCUAUCGCUGGUCUUUUACAAGUACAACCACCUUAACCCGACUGAACUCCAAACCAUGACCGAGGUGGCCAAGACGUUCCUGAACUUUCUGAAUCACUACAACUUUGAAUCACCAUCGACUAGAAGGGGAGAUCUCACCCACGAGGAUGCCUCGAACUACAAGAUCAACUACACGCGUUGGUUGGUCUUUUGCCACGUACCCGCCUUCUGCAACUCCCUGCGCCAAUUUGAAACGUCCCUGGUAUUUGGACGAACGCUUCUGCGUACUGUGUUCCAGUACAUGUCCCAGCAGCUCAAGAAGAAGUGCAUCUCGGAGCGAGAUCGCUUUCCCGAGGACAAGCGCUCAAUCAUCACGCAAAUGCCCAAGUUUUUGGAGGCCCUUCGCGCCGAAUUGCUGAAGGAUGUCCCCAUAUGGGAUCCCAACUACAGGCCACCCAAUUCGUUUGUCAUUCAGCAGAGAAAGCGACAUCAGGAGGUGACGCCCGCUGCUCCAAGUGCUGGCUUGGCAACAAUCGGAGCUGGAAAGCGAGCCAGUGUGGGCGAACCGCUGCACAAGAGAAUCAAAAAAGAGACCACCACCACCACAGAUCGCUGCAGCAGCGAAAGCUUGGACGACCUUCCCACGGAUGUGGUGAUGCGCGCCAUGAAAUCGGUGUCGGAGUCGAAGACCACCAACAAGGCCGAGAUUCUCUUCCCCGUAAAUGUUUCCCGCGAUGAGAAUGUCAAGGCGGAGGAGCAGAAGCGGGCCAUCGAGUUCCAUGUGGUGGGGAACUCACUGACCAAGCCGGUGGACAAGCAGACGGUUCUGUGGCUGCUGGGCCUGCAGCUUGUAUUUGCCUAUCAGCUGCCCGAGAUGCCCCGCGAGUACAUCAGUCAGUUGGUCUUCGAUACAAAGCACAAAACUCUUGCGCUCAUCAAGGAGAACCAGCCCAUCGGUGGCAUAUGCUUUCGCCCGUUCCCUUCGCAGGGCUUCACCGAAAUCGUUUUCUGUGCGGUCACUAUGUCGGAACAAGUUAAGGGCUAUGGCACCCACUUGAUGAAUCACCUGAAAGACUACAGUAUCCAGAGGGGCAUCAAACACCUGCUCACUUUUGCCGAUUGCGAUGCCAUCGGGUAUUUCAAGAAGCAGGGUUUUUCCAAGGACAUCAAGUUGGCGCGACCCGUUUAUGCGGGCUACAUCAAGGAGUACGAUAGCGCCACCUUGAUGCACUGCGAGCUGCAUCCGAGUAUUGUAAACACGCAAUUCAUUGCCGUUAUUCGUAAUCAGAGCGAGAUUCUGAAGGAGCUAAUUGCACAACGGCACAAUGAGGUGCAAAAAGUAAGACCCGGUUUGAACUGCUUCAAGGAGGGUGUACCCACCAUACCCGUGGAGUCGAUUCCCGGUCUGCGGGAGAUUGGUUGGAAGCCGCAAAUGCGUCCAGCCAGGUCUUCGAGACCCCUGGAAGAGUCCUCCGACCCGGAUAAGCUGGCCACGUCCUUUGCAUCCGUGCUGCAGUCCGUGCGCCAGCACAACACCGCCUGGCCCUUCCAGCGUCCGGUGAAUGCGGCCGAAGUUCCGGACUACUACGAUCAUAUCAAGUAUCCCAUGGACCUGAAAACGAUGGGGGAACGCUUGAAGAAGGGAUACUACCAAACACGCCGCCUGUUCAUGGCGGACAUGGCCCGCAUAUUUUCCAACUGUCGUUUCUAUAACUCCCCAGAUACCGAGUAUUAUCGGUGUGCCAACUCCUUGGAGCGUUAUUUCCAGACCAAAAUGCGUGAAUUGGGCCUUUGGGACAAAUGAUGCAGUGACUCUGAGGAAACUUGCAUAAAUACGAAUAUUUAAUCUACACUAACGGAGAACGUUAUUUCUCUUAUUUAUUUUAGAUUUUUCUGCGGCAAAAGACAAAAGCGGAUAAUUACUUGUAAACAAAAUUGAUAUAUGGAUUAAGCUAUUUCUGGAAAGUAUUAAUGAAGCGCCCUGUCUUAAUCGUUUAGUCGGGAUAAAAAAGCUGACUUAAGGAAAAAAUAAAACAGAACUUUCAUCUAA